AUGGCAAUCCGAGCCACAUAUCCUAACAAGCUGAAAUUGCUUCUUGUAAUUUCCGGUGGUGUACUUGUACUACUUUGUUCACAUGGCGAUGACAACAUGGAAUGUAACAUCGGCUCGGUGACAGGCUUCUUCUACCUCAAUAUGACACCCGAGUUAUUCGUGCGAGGUGAGGCCGACAAGAAGAUCGUAGACCAGGUGUUGCUCCUGAAUUUCGAAUAA